GACCGGGGGUCUCAGCGCCCCACGUCGUCAUCCCCACGGUCAUUCUCCGUGUCCCCAGUCCUGGGCAUUCGCCCUCCGGGCUCAGACGGCCAAGGGCCACGGGGUCGCCGCCCUCGGGCACAUUUGGGGGUCCUCUGGUCCCGGGGUUGGUGGCCGCCCUCGGGCCCUGCGCUUGGGCAAGAGAGCAGAGCGGGUGGACCCCGGGACGCGGAGUCCCAGGGGUAGGGUGAGGGGCGGGAUAUCCGGCAGCCCCCGCAUAGGGUGAGGGGUGGGAUAGGGUGAGGGGCCUCGGCGCCCACGCCUGGCCCACGCUUGUGACUUUGCCCCGUGGCCAGCCAGGGUCACUGCCCUGCCCUGCCUGGCCUGUCAGCGGCCCCACCCCUCCGCGGCCCCAAACCGACUGACCCCCUGACCUCUUGGCGCCCACAUCCUCGGAGGCUGAGGCCCGGCCAGAGCUGUUUUUGCGUCCUUCUGCGCUGGGCACAGGACGGCCGCCUGCCAGGCCGCCCCGCCCCCACGGGGGAGGACCCGGGACCAGCCAGCGUGACCCCUGACCUGGUGCUUCCUCUGAUUUCAGGAAAACAUUCCCCUCCCACCCUAGCACUCGGGGGCUCCCCAAAGCUGGGGGCAGCUCCCUUCCCACUCACUGGGCUCCCCCCGCCCCCACAAGUAUGGGCCCCAUCCUACCUGUGCCUGCCUGGGCCAAGGGGCUGUCCACGCACAGUGGGCACUGGGGGACGUGCAGAGCCCAGGAGCACCCGGGAGUCAUGUGCUCUGCCAGGCCCCCAGGGCAGGGCACGUGCCAGCCCAGGACGCACAGGGGACACUGGGAGCGUGCAGGUGGCCGGCUGUGGAGGAGGGGCCUGCAGCCUCCUGGGAGAUCCAGGCCGGAGAGGGCCCUCGCUGUGCUGGCCACCCGGCCGGCUCCUGCUGGGAGCCAGGACGCCAGGCCUCAGGGGUGGCUUGGGGGCAGCAGGAGCGUCCGGCUAGCACCGUCUCCCAUCCCUGCUCUGGCGCUCCAGCCUGUGGCCCCCGGGCCCCCUUGCCCCAGCGUGCAGCCCCUGCCAGAUGUGGGGGGGCAGCUGCCCAGAGGCAUGCCCCCCACCUGGCCGUGCCGCCCUCUCCCGCCGCCGCUGCUGCUGCUGCUGUUGCUGCUCGCUGGCCAGCCACAGGCCACCUCCGCCCAGGUGAUGGACUUCCUGUUUGAGAAGUGGAAGCUGUACAGGGACCAGUGUCACCACAACCUGAGCCUGCUCCCUCCGCCCACUCAGCUGGUCUGCAAUAGGACAUUCGACAAGUACUCCUGCUGGCCCGACACCCUGCCCAACACCACGGCCAGCAUCAGCUGCCCCUGGUAUCUGCCUUGGUACCACAAAGUGCAGCAUCGCCUUGUGUUCAAGAGGUGCGGUCUGGAUGGGCAGUGGGUGCGUGGGCCCCGGGGGCAGCCGUGGCGCGACGCCUCCCAGUGCCAGAUGGACACAGACGAGAUGGAGGCCCAGAAGGAGGUGGCCAAGAUGUACAGCAGCUUCCAGGUGAUGUACACCGUGGGCUACACGCUGUCGCUGGCGGCCCUGCUCCUGGCCCUGGCCGUCCUGCUGGGCUGCAGCCAGCUGCACUGCACUCGCAACCACAUCCACGCCAACCUGUUCGCCUCCUUCGUGCUCAAGGCCGGCGCGGUGCUGGCCACUGACCGGCUGCUGCAGACCCGCUACGGCCAGCAGCUGGGUGACGACCUCAGCGUGAGCGUCUGGCUCAGCGACGGGGCUGUGGCCGGCUGCCGGGUAGCCGCGGUGUCCAUGCAGUACGGCGUCGUGGCCAACUACUGCUGGCUGCUGGUGGAGGGGGUCUACCUGCACAGCCUGCUGAGCCUGCCCGCCCUCCCCGAGAGGAGCCACUUCGGCCUCUACCUGGCCAUCGGCUGGGGCGCCCCCCUGCUGUUUGUCAUCCCCUGGGCGGUGGUCAAGUGCCUGUUCGAGAACGUCCAGUGCUGGACCAGCAAUGACAACAUGGGCUUCUGGUGGAUCCUCCGUGCCCCCGUCUUCCUGGCCAUCCUGAUCAACUUCUUCAUCUUCAUCCGCGUCGUCCACCUCCUCGUGGCCAAGCUGAGAGCCCACCAGAUGCACCACACAGACUACAAGUUCCGGCUGGCCAAGUCCACGCUGACCCUCAUCCCCCUGCUGGGCGUCCAUGAGGUCGUCUUCGCCUUCGUGACGGACGAGCAGGCCCAGGGCGCCCUGCGCGCCACCAAGCUCUUCUUCGACCUCUUCCUCAGCUCCUUCCAGGGCCUGCUGGUGGCUGUCCUCUACUGCUUCCUCAACAAGGAGGCCCACAGCAGGCCCUGGACGGCCCACCCCCCUGUGCCCGCAGGUGCAGUCGGAGCUGCUCCGGCGCUGGCGCCGCUGGCGCAUGGGCAAAGCUCUGCGGGAGGAGCGGCCGGUCAGCGUCCACGUGCCCUCUGCCCCACCCGAGAAGCUUCGGCCGGUGCAGGAUGGGGGCAGCCCCGGACCCCCCCAGGACCUCUCCUCUGAAGCCCUCUUGGCCAGUGACCUCCCCGGGCUGGCUGAGAACCCCUUCUGAGUCCUCGCCAGGCCACCAGGAGAGGGUGUCGCUGGACGGCACUGAUAGCCCAGCCCUGGCUGCCAGCCAGCAGCCCCCACUGUCCUCGUUGGCCCCGGGGUGGCCGCGGGGCAGGGUCCUGGUGGAAGGGGCUGUGCCGGCUGUGCCCGCGUCCUGGGUGCUGCCACAAUAAAGGCCUGGGCUGCCGA